UCUCGUGUUUUUCCGUCCGACGAGCAACAGCGGCAGCAGCACCGUGAUAAGCAGCAUGUUGUCCACACUGAAGCAACGGGUCGGGGAGGUCCUGGUCCCGGGGGACGAGUUCUCCUUCGAGGCCGAGGACACCAUCUCUCUGACGGAGCCCGUGAAGCCGGAGAAGGUGCUCUGUGGUCCGGGUCUGAGGCGGAGCGGAUCCCGGCUGCUGGUCUCUAAGAGCGGCGUCCUGAGACACAAACAGCCCAACGUGUUCUGGAUCGACUCCCAGCAGAGGAGGUAUGUCCCCGCUAAAGGAGAGACCGUCAUCGGCAUCGUGACUACGAAGUCUGGAGACGUCUUCAAGGUGGAUGUGGGAGGAAGUGAGCAGGCGUCUCUGUCCUACCUGGCCUUCGAGGGGGCCACCAAGAGGAACAGACCCAACGUCCAGGUAGGUGACCUGGUGUUUGCUCAGUUCGUGGUGGCCAAUAAGGACAUGGAGCCGGAGCUGGUGUGUAUGGACGGCUCAGGUCGAGCCAAUGGGAUGGGAGUGUUUGGAGGAGGAGGUCUUCUCUUCACGGUGUCUCUGGGACUCGUCAGAAGGCUGCUGUCCCCGGUCAGUCCCGUCCGGACCGACCUGGAGCAGCUGUUCCCCUGUGAGCUGGUGGUGGGGAUGAACGGUCGUGUUUGGGUGAAGGCGUCCAGCGUCCAGGCCACGCUGCUCGUUUCCAACCUGCUGCAGGCGUCCGACACCAUGACGGCCCAACAGAGGCAGCAGCUCUUCAGGAGGGUGCAGCAGGGGGCGCUGUAGGGUCUCCUCAUCUGUCAGGACGCUACUAACCGGAGACCGUCUCUGAUUGGCUGGUGCUGAAACUGACGUCUAAUCAGAACUGUUUUUGUUGAAGAUGGACCCUUUUAUUACUUUCAUGUCAAACUGAACAGUCUUCAACACUCAGAGACACGUGUUGCUCCUCCAGAGUGCAGCGAUAGGACGAGUAGGUCAACACUGACCUUCUGAACCACAUGCUAAUGGAGAUGCUAACAGUUAACAUGGCAACUCUGCUCUUCACCCAUGGGUUUCUGCUCCCAGUGCUAAGUGUUAGCAUUCGUUAGCUGAUCAAUAAUGAAAUCAGAAGAUGAAAUAAAACAUGUUUUCACUCAAUACA